GAGGUGAGGGUGACUGACUGGUGGGAGGGAGGGAGGUCAGGUGGUGGAUGGCAUGCCGCCGGCCGCCGCAACCGCCAGGCCGCGCGGCCGGCCGGUCACCCGAGACGAGUGCUAGGGCACGCGCGGCGAGUCAGAGUGCCUUGCGAUGCCGGUCACUGAAGGGAGGCGGAAGCCGGCUGCGGGGCAUCAUGGCGGCGCAGCCUCGGCGGCAGGCGAAUCCAAAACGGGUCGCGCCAGUGCGCUCUGCACCUCUGCGUUUUCUCCACGGGUCUCAAUGACACCCGCGGAUGGAUGAGGAGCUCGCUUGAGUGGGGUGGGGCAGAGGCCAAUCGGUUGAAGUGGCAGAAUGGCAGUUACCAUCAAUGUGAAUGCGUGGAGUGAUGCUGGACAUGCUGCGAAUCAUCUGUAUGAUAUACUCUAUAUGAUGGGCCGUGAUGACAUCCCAGUUGGAGUUGGUGGUGAUGAUGGAAUAUCAGAUUCUGGCACCAUACAUCCAAAUGUCGGUGGUUAUUUUCCACUGAUUGAUCAGGGCAUGGCAACAUUUGGAGGCUGUCGGUACAGGCAAGCUAUUCCACUAGAAGGUGGUGGACGGUUGGAUGUAAACACAAACUUUGGAAUCAGAAGGGGUUUCCUUCCACAGGGUCACAGAAGAUACAUACCACUUCAGCAACCUACAGUACAACAAGUAAUGAUAGACACAAUAUCUGCUGGCCCUACAACUGUUAUUCUCAUAGGAGCACAUACGAACUUUGCUAUUUUUCUCAUGACAAAUCCACACCUAAAAAGAAAUGUGGAGCACAUGUACAUUAUGGGUGGUGGAGUGAGAUCGAAGAACCCUACAGGUUGCUGUCCAAAAAAUGCUACCACAUCAUGCACGCCAGAGCAGUGUGGUGACCAUGGUAACUUGUUUACCAGUUACUCUACCAAUCCAAAUGCAGAAUUCAACAUAUUCGGAGAUCCUUUCGCCGCAUACCAGGUGUUUCAUUCUGGCAUUCCAAUCACGCUUGUUCCUCUUGAUGCGACCAAUACAAUUCCAAUCAACGAAAAAUUCUUCUACGAAUUCAAACGUCAUCAAAGUACGUAUGAGGCACAAUACUGUUUCAAGUCUUUAAAGAUUGCUCGAGACACUUGGUUCAAUGAUAAAUUCUAUACAAGCUAUUUUAUGUGGGACUCCUUUACUUCUGGUGUUGCCAUCUCCAGCAUGCGCAAUGAUAAGAAGGGUGAAUUUGGAAAUGAUUUUGCUGAGCUUGAAUAUAUGAACAUUACAGUUAUAACUUCAAACAAACCAUAUGAUGUGCAUGAUGGUUCAAACCCAUUAUUUGAUGGUCGUACAAAUCCUAAGUUUGGUCUUCAAAAAGGCGGAGUUCAUAGCGGUCAUGUUCAAACUGGAAUUAAAGAUAGCUUCUGUCAUGUGAAGGGAAGUAAUAAAGGAAGAUGUGAGGAUGGAUACACUAAGGAAGUCUCUGGUCCAGAAGCAGCCCACAUUCGUGUUGCUACGAAGGCUAAACUAAACGUGGAUAAGAAUAGCCCCCUGGACAGGGAGUUUUUCAAGAGCUUCCUUGAGGCACUAAAUGUUCAGGAGAACUCUGGUCGUUUUGACUUUAAGGCACAAUUUCCAUUUUACAGAGAGAUUCUUUACAGGCCAAACUUCAAACACAAAAACAUCAGCAGACCUGUUAUUGUUGACAUGGACAUGAGUCCUGGAGAUCUUAUCUCCCUAAUAUACCUCUUGAAGGCACCUAUUGAAGCAAUAGAUGUAAAGGGGAUUUUGGUCAGUGGCAAUGGUUGGGCCAAUGUUGCAAGCAUUGAUAUCAUUUAUGAUAUUUUGCAUAUGAUGGGACGGGAUGAUAUUCCUGUUGGGCGUGGUAAUACCACUGCAUUAGGCACUCCAAGUUUUGGUUGCGACUAUGUCAGUAUUAUUCCACAAGGCAGUGGAGGACUAAUUGACUCGGACACUCUCUAUGGACUAGCUCGAUCAUUGCCAAGAAGCCCUAGAAGGUAUACUGCUGAAAAUUCAGUAAAACACGGUGCUCCUAGAAACACUGACCAUCCAGAACUUCGACAGCCAUUGGCUUUUGAAGUUUGGCAUUCUAUUAAAGAGCAGCUUGAUCCAAGUGAGAAGAUCACUAUUCUCACCAAUGGACCUCUUACAAAUUUGGCCAAUAUCGUGCUGUCUGACAGGGAUGCAAGUUCUUUAAUAGAGAAGGUUUAUGUUGUUGGAGGCCAUAUCAGAGAUGAAAAUGAUUCCAAGGGAAAUGUGUUUACUGUUCCAUCAAACAGAUAUGCAGAGUUUAAUAUGUUUCUUGAUCCGCUGGCUGCGAAAACAAUCCUGGAGUCCUCUCUGGAUAUCGCACUGAUUCCUCUUAGUUCUCAAAGAAGAGCUGCUUCCUUUCCAUCUAUCCUUGAAGCUUUAAUGCAUGCUGAUCACACUCCUGAAUCAAGUUUUGUGCACCACUUGUUGCUCUUGCUGCAUGAUCUUCAACUGAAGCAUAGGCUUUACCGCCACAUGGAUAUGUUUCUGGGAGAAGUUCUUGGUGCUGUUUACUUGGUGGAAGGAUUAAAUAUAAAACCAUCUUUGCAACUGAAGCCAAUAAGCAUUGUUACCAACAGCACAGCAAGCACGGAUGGGCAGAUUGUUCUCGACAAGGGGACUGCAGGUUCAGUGGAAGUAUUAGCUGAUUUCAGCACUGAACAAUAUUACAGUCGGCUCGCCAAUUCUUUAGGCAACAAAGAGCAAUCUGCUGUUAUUGGUAGUUUUGAAGAACAGAUUGCUGUCUGGAGCAGGCCACCUCAGAAAUUGGGGACCUGAACAUACAGCAUAGCUUUUGUGCAGCAGUGCUGGUGAAGCACGAACCAUUAAGUUUGAUUCCAGAGUACAUACCUAGCUUGCAUUCUUUUCUUUUCUUUUCUUUCUUCUUCUUGUCGUAUCACGAUACCUGAGCACACUAGUAUAACAGAUAUAAUAGAUUUGUCCUGUUUAUUUGGGCACCUGUAAACAUAUUUGUUUCUCUUUAGAUGUAACGGCCAUCAUUGUUCAACAAUAUAUAUCUAUUUAUCUA